UAAGUCCGCCACCAUAACAGACCCACUUCCACCUUCCCUUCAUCGAAUUCGACGGAGCUCGCUCAAUCCAUUCGGUGGACGGCGACGAAUCGCCGGCGAUCGGGUACAAUCGUGCUCGCAUGUAGCAUCCUGAACCUGUACAGAUUGAUCGGUUCCCCCCUAUCAUCGAAUUCGGUAGAAGAUAUUGGGCCGUGAUGUCUCGCAGCUAUGCUGAUGUCUGAUGCCUGGGUUUCCACGUUACCGUGAAUCGAUCAUGAGAUCCGCGGAUAUGGUUAUUUUUUGAUCGAAUUUUGUGUUGUUUCCGGCUUCGGCAUCGGGGAGCUUGGUCAAUUGCGAUAAAAUCCGAGGAGUUCCGGGAAUUCGCCGUGAAGAGAUGGAUUUGAUGGAUUCGGCGUCGAGAUGUCGAGAUAAGUUAACAUACUUCAGAAUAAAAGAGCUUAAAGAUGUCUUGUCCCAACUUGGUCUGGCCAAGCACGGGAAGAAGCAGGAAUUAAUGGAAAAAAUUUUGGCUCUCCUCGAAGAUGAUCAAGUUCCCAAACCAGUUUGGCCGAGGAGAAAUAUAGGGAGAGAAGUAGUAGUUAAAAUAAUUGAUGAUACUUAUAGAAAAAUGCAAAUUCCUGGAGCCAUAGACUUAGCAUCUAAUGUGCAAAAUGACUCGGAAUUCAGUCAUGCAAAAUCUAAGGAAGUGUUUGAUUCAUAUAAGCAAGUUACGAAAGUCCGCUGCCCCUGUGGGAAAUCAUUAAUUUCUGAAUCAAUGAUUCAGUGUGAAGAUAUGCAAUGUCGAGUUUGGCAACAUAUAAAUUGUGUCAUUAUACCUGAAAUUCCUGGGGACUGUACUCCUGCAAUUCCAUCUCAAUUCUAUUGUGAAAUAUGCAGAAUAAAACGAGCAGACCCAUUCUGGAUAACAGUGAAACAUGUUUUGUUCCCAGUGAAGUUGCCUCAUUGCGGCCUACCAGAUGACAGCACCAUUACAGUGCAGAAUGAAGAGAGGACAUUUCAGUUGCAAAGAUCAGAUAAGGAUCUGUUACAAAGACAUGAUCACAGUCUCCAGGUUUGGUGUCUUCUACUCAAUGAUAAGGUUCUAUUUAGAAUGCAUUGGCCCCAAUUUACUGAGUUGCAGGUCAAUGGUGUUUCAGUCAGAGUGGUUGCUAGACCAGGCUCACAGUUAUUGGGAAUAAAUGGCCGGGAUGAUGGUUCAGUGAUCAGCACAUUUAGCGUGGAAGGAGUUAACAAAAUAUUUUUAUCAAGGCGUGAUGCUCGUGUGUUCUGCUUUGGAAUCAGAUUUGUCAAGAGGCGGACAGUUCAACAAGUUCUUAGUCUGGUACCAAAGGAAGCAGAUGGUGAGCAUUUUCAGGAAGCUCUUGCUCGUGUUCGGCGCUGUGUUGGUGGUGGAGCUGAUACUGAAAAUGCAGACAGUGAUAGUGAUAUCGAACUAGUAGCUGAUUCUGUUACUGUGAAUCUCCGUUGCCCAAUGACUGGUUCUCGGAUUAAAAUAGCAGGCAGGUUCAAGCCUUGUGUUCAUCUAAAAGGUUUUGAUCUGGAAGCUUUUGUAGAGCUUACUCACAGAUCUCGGAAGUGGCAAUGCCCAAUAUGCCUUAACAACUAUGCACUUGAGAACAUUAUUAUUGAUCCAUAUUUCAAUCGCAUCACUUCCAUGCUUCAAAAUUGCGGAGAAGAUGUAACUGAGGUCAAUUUAAAGCCUGAUGGUUCUUGGUGUGUAAAGGGUGAAGUAGAAUAUCGAGAUCUUUCCAAAUGGCAUUUGCCUGAUGGUACCCUCUUAGAUAUUGUAGACGUACAAGCAAAGUCUGAUUUUGGCAGUCUAAGACAUGUAAAUCAGAAAAGUCCAUCAGAGAUGGCGUUCACUCAAACUUUAGGAAUAAAACUUGAGGCAAAUGGAGGACUUGAAGAUAAUGGGGUCUCAUCAUCUCGGAGUCCUAUUCUCAGGCUUGAAAAUCAUAGCCAGAACAUAAUAAAUAUGAGCAGCAGUGCAACUGGUAGCUAUAAAGAAGGAGAAGACCAAAGCAUAAAUCAAGAAUUUGAGGGGCCUUUUAAUUUCCCAUUGAACAAUGGCAAUGAGUUUGAUUCUUUUAAUAUUCGUUAUGGAACAUACAAUAUUGAGGAUGGACCUCCUGCACCCUUAGAACCAGAUGUGAUUUGCUUGAGCGACUCUGAUGAAGAUAACAUUGCAGUAAUUUCUCAUGAGCCUGCAAAUGGAGUUCAUGCAGAUAAUGGUAAUUUGGUUCCUUUUCCAACUCAUCCCAAGAUUUCAGAAAGAUACUCUGAGAAUCCUGUUCCAGAGACAAGUGGAACAUCAUUCCUCGAAUUAUUUAACAAUCCUGGUGACUUUGGAAUGCCCAUGGCCAUGCCCAUGUGGUCAAUGCAAACUGGCCCUCCGUCUGCAUCAAACUUUCAACUUUUUGGUACUGAGGUCCUAGAUGCCUUGGAUGAUCCGCAUGCUACUCUUGACUGUCCACCAUUCAAUGGCUAUGAUUUGACACCUAGUAAUGGCGAAGAAACUUCUCAAGUCUUAGACUUUUCAAAUUUGCAUCCCAGUACUGCAAUGCAAGAAAGCUUCCUCGAUAAUCCCCUUGCAUUUACAAAUGAUGAUCCCUCUCUACAAAUUUUUCUUCCUAACCAGCCAAUUAGUGUAGACCUUCAGGAUGACAUGAUUAACCAAACUGAUACACCUAACGGGAUGAACUCGGAUGAUUGGGUAUCUCUUAGACUCACUGCUGGCGGUGGUCACAGUGAGACUGCCCCUUCAAAUGGAUCAAUUUCAAGGAAGCCAGAGCCACCAAAUGAGACUCAGAUGGAUCCAUUAAGUGAUGCUGUUUGUGCACACAGCCCCGUUGCUACUAAGCAUAAACCACAGCGAAAGCAAUAAGCCAUCUCCAAGAACUCAACGGCCAGAUUCUUCCCCUGGGCAGCAACGGGCAGUAAGGCGUCGGUUGUAUCUGUCAAUCGACACGGAUUCCGAUUAGUCUUCAAGUGGCAACUCAAUUUGGAUUUGGAACGAAGAGGUGGCUUUGUGUACUACUGUGAUGCUCCAGCAGAGAAGGCCAGCCAAUUUACAAGGAUCGCUGGAACUUCCAACUGCCCAAAGGUAUUCAUCGUGCAUACUAUCACGAGCCAGUGAUGAGGUAAUCUCGAGUGUUUUCCAGUUUUCUAAUAUGAGCUGCAGCCAAUCUUGUGCCGCGGAAAAUUGUACAAUUAGAUUCUAUAGGAAAGAAAGUCGACAUGCCUGAUUAGAUAAGUUAGUAACCAUGUACUACAAUCGUUUCAUUAGUUAAGUUAAUACAUGUUAAUAGCCUAAUACCCGAUAUCGGCGGCUGUUGAAGGGGGAGUAUUUGUCCAGUGGUUACAGUUUGAUGAUAGCAUUGGUUGAGAGAAAUUCUAUAAAUUAACUGCACUUGGUGUUUAUGCAGGGAUGUUCUUUCGAGUUCAA